AUGAGUGAAGAGAUAGAUCAUACAACCAACUUGUUGUUGGAUAAACAUAUACAGUAUAUUGUUAAUUUGGAUAAUAAGAAGGAGGAGGACUUUGAGUAUUGGGUCAGUGAGCAUCUGCGUAUGAAUGGAAUGUACUGGGGACUCACAGGACUAUACAUACUCAAUGCCUUGAACAAGAUGAACAGAGAUGACUUGAUAGCAUUCAUACUGUCUUGUCAGAAGCCAAAUGGUGGCUUCUCUGGUAAUGUUACACAUGAUGAACACUUGUUGACUACACUGAGUGCUGUACAGAUAUUGUUGGAGUUGGAUGCUAUAGAUAAGAUCAACAUUGACUCUGUUGUAGAGUACGUUGCGACAUUACAACAGGCUGAUGGAUCAUUCUUUGGUGACAAAUGGGGAGAGGUCGACACUAGGUUCUCAUACUGUGCCAUCUCUUGUCUAUCAUUGCUUGGCAGACUGGACAGAAUCAACUUGACAACAGCAGCAGCCUUCAUUGAUCGUUGCAAGAACUUUGACGCUGGCUACGGAUCAGUACCAGGUGCAGAGUCUCACGCUGGUCAGACAUUCACAUGUGUUGGAGCAUUAGCUAUAAUUAAUCGUUUGGACUUGGUUGAUAUUGAUCAAUUGGGAUGGUGGCUGUGCGAGAGACAACUGCCUAAUGGAGGUCUGAAUGGCAGACCAGAGAAGACAUCAGAUGUCUGUUACUCAUGGUGGGUUCUCUCUGCACUGGCAGUCAUUGAUCGUCUACACUGGAUUGACAAUGACAAGCUAAAGACUUACAUCCUAAAGUGUCAGGAUAAUGAAACAGGAGGCAUUGCUGACAAGCCUGGUAAUGUACCAGAUGUGUUCCAUACCUUCUUUGGACUGUGUGGACUGUCACUGAUGGGAUACUUCAACCUGGAACAGAUCGAUCCAGCCUAUGCCCUUGGCACCAAGACUCUUCUAAAGCGUGGUUUGACAUUGCCUUGGAGCAAGAAGCAGUAA